CAGAUUAAAGUCUUCGCAUGUCCCAAGCAGUGUCUCGAAAGGGGUACCGGAUUUCUGCACCGUUUAUGUCAUCUCCAAGGGAAAGGUCUCUUCUAUGCGGAAAGCCUCUCAUCCGGCCCCUCAUGCCUCCCCUCUUCUUGACCAAAUACAGACCCUUAAAGAGAAAACAGCCGGCUCAGAAAGAUACUUGCAAAAUAGCUUAAGAGAAAAACCCUUACCUAGACCUCUCAGCAGGCAACACGAGUCCAUGAAGUAAGUUUCGAAAAUAUCAAAUCUUUAUUUACUGCCAGCAAGAAAGAUGGAAAUUCUCCAAGGAAUAUGGGGUUGCAGACAACAUAUCCUAAGCAAGUGCAGUUCAAAGAAAUAAAACUGAUGACUUAGAAGCAUGAUAUAUCGUGUUGACCAUUUUGGAUGUACAUGAAUUUGAUUAGAGGUAGUAAUGAUGAGAGGGGAGAGGCAGAGGAUUGGUUGAGUAUUGUCACUGCAAUUGUCACAUCUUCAGUUUCUUUGAAUGUGCACUUACUUUACAAGUGAUAAUGAAACAGGUCGACAUGGGAUAGAGGAAGGUCAUAUGGAUAUGUCGCGGGGAUAAUGUCCGACACGGAUUCUGACAUUUCAUUUGUCAGCUCAGGAAGGCCAAGCACAGAUCGCCCAUCCUCCGUGUUCUAUGACCAUAAUGACUUCUUCCACCCUCCAAGGCUUUCCACCAGUUCUGAUAGGUUAUCCAUUCAUUCACUGCACAAGUUUGCCGACCUCAAUUCUCUGCAGGAAUUUUCAUCAGCUUCAUAUGAAAGUGGACGAACAUCAAGUUCAUCACACAACAUGGUAAUAUAUUCUCAUUCUCAGACUUACAAGUAUUCGCCACAUACAGGGUAAUUGAUUGCUUCUCCAUGACAAGUUGGAAAUAAUUUUAUCUAAUGCAACUAACUAAGAGAUGCCCACCUACCCUGAGAGGGGUUCAAGAGCUAUCAGCAUGAUGAGUUUGCAGUCUUCUUUCGGAGAUAUUAAUCCAAGAAGUAUAAAGCUUAGGAAAUUGAGAUAUCAUAUCUUGGUUCCUGCAUAUCUCAGACAAGUUUUUGACAGUAGUAGGCAAUUUUCCUGCACUCUUUUUUGCAGAAACAGUCACAACUGUUAAUUAGGCUGAGCAAGAAUCAUCUUCUGUUACAACCAAGGAAGUGCCUUACAUUAUAAUGCCAUUCAAAAUGUUGUGUAUGUGUUCAGCAUGCAUUUUUUAAUAGUAUAAAACAAGGCAUGAGAACUGGAUGACCAAAUCUCAAAUUGCAUUCAUACAAGGUAAACAAAAGGCAAGUGUUAGGUGCACAUAGACGAGUAAAAGAUUAUAACAAUGAUGUCUGUACUCCACGGGUAGAUAUAUUCUGUCAUGGUUAUAUAGUUUCUUGAAAAACCCAGAUCUAUCAAAGUAAUAGGCGUGUUUCUAGGAAAGAUAUGGUACUAGUAAAAUUUUUACAUGGUGACUUUCAACCUUUCUGUCCAUGUCUAAAUCAAGCAGGACGAAGUUGAUGCUGAAAUGAGGAGGCUGAAGUUAGAACUGAAGCAAACAAUGGAAUUGUAUAGCACAGCAUGCAAAGAAGCACUAGCAGCAAAACAGAAGGAAAUGGAGAUGCAUUGCUGGAGACUAGAAGAAGAGCGGCGUCUUGAAGAGGCACGAUUUGCUCAGGAAGCUGCAUUCUCAAUUGUAGACAAGGAGAGAGCUAAGUGCAAAGCAGCCAUUGAAGCAGCCGAAGCAUCAAAGAAGAUGGCAGAAUUAGAAGCGCUUCGGAGAGCCAAUGCGGAAACGAAAGCCCUCAAAGAUGCAGAGGAGAUGAAGAAGGUCUUGGAUACAUUAAAUCGCAGUGAUGCAAGAUGCAGGAUGUACACUAUCGAAGAGAUUGAAGCUGCGACAAAUUCCUUUGACGAGUCCUACAAGAUUGGGGAGGGAGGUUAUGGGCCAGUCUUCAAGUGUUACCUAGAUCAUACACCAGUUGCAGUUAAAGUUUUACGUCCAGAUGCAGCUCAUGGAAAAUCACAGUUUCAGCAAGAGGUGGAAGUACUUAGCCGCAUAAGGCAUCCCAACAUGGUUCUCCUCUUAGGAGCCUGCCCUGAGCACGGGUGUCUAGUGUACGAGUUCAUGGCCAACGGAUGCUUAGAGGACCGUCUCUUCAGGCGACACAAAUCCCCUGUUCUUUCUUGGCAACUUCGGUUCCGAAUUGCUGCAGAGGUAGCCACAGGCCUUAUGUUUCUCCAUCAGACAAAACCAGAGCCUCUAGUCCAUCGAGACCUUAAACCGGCCAACAUCUUGCUCGGUUACAACUACGUCAGCAAGAUCAGCGAUGUUGGUUUGGUAAGGCUUGUUCCUCCUCCUGUUGCUGAAAACAUGACUCAGUACCGAAUAACAUCGACUGCUGGAACCUUCUGUUAUAUCGAUCCCGAAUAUCAACAAACUGGAAUGCUUGCCGUAAAAUCUGAUGUAUAUUCUCUAGGAAUUGUGCUUCUACAAUUAAUCACGGCAAAACCACCGAUGGGUAUCACUCAUAACGUCAGCACAUCUAUAGAAAACGGGAACUUUUCGGAGAUGUUAGACCCUGAUGUGCCUAAUUGGCCUGUUGAGGAGGCCUUAUGCAUUGCACAGCUAGCUCUGCAGUGUGCAGAGUUAAGACGAAAGGAUCGGCCUGAUCUUGGCAAGGUGGUUUUGCCAGAGCUUAACAGAUUGAGAGAUUUCGCUGAUGAGAGCAUACUAAAUGGCUCAUUAUUAGGUGGCGCCGCAACCCUGUCUCCUCGUCACUCUUACAUUUCCAAUGCCCAGGAGGUGAUGGCCGAUCCUUCGCUUGUGCAUUCAGGAAGCUCAAGGGGCCACUCCAACACUCUCAGCCACAACAGCCAGUCAGUCAGAGUAUAACUUUGUUAUUAGCAUCUUUAUCAUAAACACCAUCCUGCGUUUUCUCAAUUCUACGUUGCUCCAUGUCAGAAAGGGGCCAAUCAAUUGACAAAUGGAAGACAGUGAUUGAUCCC